CGGCGCUCUAUGCAUACGGAGGCGCUGCUGCUCGCUGUCUGUCACAGGCGUCCGCGUGAGGCGAGCUGCUCCACCGCGGUGACCGCCCUCGCCAAACACAACCUCUCUUCCGCCGCGGCGACAAGCUUCACUUCAGGUGACCAUCAACAAUGUGUGACACUGUAGAAAACUAUUCGCCUCUCCCUGUGGAGAUCUGAGCUGCGGGACACUGAGGCAGCCGAGGAGCGUCUCUGAGGAAGAUGCUGCGUUCGGAGCGCAGUGUUGUUGAAGAAUGGCUCUCAGAAUACAAGUCUUUACCAGAAAACCACAUCUCCAGUUAUGCAGGCAGCCUUCAUUUGAAGAAGUCAUUGGUACCAGCAUUGUACAGGGUCAUCCAGGAUCCCAGCAACGAGCUGUUGGAGCCUGUGUGCCACCAGCUGUUCGAGCUGUACCGCAGCUCAGAGGUUCGCCUGCGACGUUUCACCCUGCAGUUUUUGCCUGAGCUUGUGUGGGUGUAUCUGCGAGUCACAGCCAGCAGGGAUCGGCAGAGCAAUGGUUGCAUCGAGGCCCUCCUCCUGGGCAUUUACAACCUGGAGAUUGUGGACAAAGACGGCAACAGCAAGCUCCUCUCUUUCACCAUCCCCUCGUUAUCCAAGCCGUCCAUUUACCAUGAGCCUUCUAGCCUGGGCUCCAUGGCAUUGACAGAGGGAGCUCUGUGUCAACACGACCUGAUCCGAGUGGUGUACAGCGGCCUCCAUCCUCAGAGAGAGACCUUCACAGCUCAGAACAGGUUUGAGGUGUUGUGUUUCCUCAUGCUGUGCUACAACUCUGCUGUGGUCUACAUGCCGCUGUCCUCCUACCAGUCAGUCUGCAGAAUGAGCUCACGGUUGUGUGUAUGUGGAUUCCCACGGCAGCAGCAGAAGCUGUGGGGGGAACCUUGCAACCGUGUACUCUUGGACCCGGAGUUCAUGGUGCAGAUGCUGACUGCUGUUUAUCAUGCCAUAUACAAUGGCGAGUGGGAGAUGGGGCGGGAGGCGCUGGAGGACGUUCUGUACAGGGCCAAGCUGGAGCUUUACUCGCAGCCUCUCCUGCUGGGCAACGCCAUGAAGAACUCUCUGCCAGAGAGCGCUCCGAACGAGCCGCGGGGCCGCAAGGUGCUGCAGGUGGAGGUGACACCCACAAUUAGCCGCAUCUCCAUCUCGGCUAUCACCACCGCCUCCAUCCGCCGCCACCGCUGGAAGAGAGAAGGCCGCAAGAAGGAGGUUUUAGAUUGUUUUGACUACUCGAAUGAUGCCGAGUUGAGCCUCGCCGUCACGCGUCCUAACCACCACCACUCAACAGCCAAAGAGCAGAGAGAAGGGGGGCCUCGCAACCAUCACCACCACAACAGCAGCAGCAGCAUCAUUCCCCCCAUCACACUUGAGGAUGCCGAUGGUAUGAGCGGCGGCGAGGAUUCCUUCAACGUGAAUGACCCAGACGAGGGAUUCUCCUCCGGGGCGUCCAACAGCAGCCAGCCCAGCGGCACCAGAGCGGGUGGCGGUGGCGGCGGCCCGAAGGCCAGCAACAGCAUCAAGAAAGCCAUCACGGCCCGACUAUCCCGGGAGAGAGAGCGAGACAGACCCGAGCCUCCGAAGCAGCCCGACUUGUCAGCCGAAGCGAAUAGGCAGAGGAAGCUGUCUCCCCCGGCCAGUAUCGAACUGGACGCCAUCCAGCUGAGUCCCAUCAAGAAACACCUGAGCUUCCCCACGGGACCCCCGCUGGUACGGACCGGCAGCACCUCCUCCAGCAAGUCUUUCGACUGCAUGAACUUCAGUAUGAACGGGGGCAGAGAGGACCAAGAGGGAGGCGCCGGAGGCUCGGACCAGGAGGGGGGGCGCCCUGCUGGCGGAUCCCACCGCCACUCCACCAUCAGCCUGCAGGAGGGCCACCUGCUUAGGCCGGAGGAGGACCCGCUGUCUCCCCUCACCAAGCAGUCCCGCUCUCCCAGCUUCAACAUGCAGAUCAUAUCACAGUGUAAGAAUGCCCUGUUGUGCAGCAUGAGGCUGCUCCAGCUGUGGGAAUUGUGCAACGUUUUACAUCGCUUUCCCCACAACCCAGAAAGAAUAAAAGUACGGGAAGUGAAGGACUGGAAAGCCAGCGUCUUGUGCCAGACACACAACAAGAUGAAUUGAACAAUGACCCAACACUUUAUGGCGACCCAACAAACAAGUCGGCAACAAGAUAUAUUGGAUACUCUGGAGGCGUUGCCUGGCAACAAGCGCGGCGACGCCUGGAGAUGAAAAAUGAAACAUUGCAGAGUCUGGGAGUGUUGCGUUGUUGUGCUGAACAACACACGGGUGGCUGGAUGUUGGUGCUGUCCAGUGAGAGGAGGCUCAGGAGGUCACCUGAGAGGUCAAGUCUCUAAUUGGAUUUCAUCAAAUCAUAUUAGCAGGUGUACCUAAUGCUGUGUCCAGUGAGUGGACACAAACUGACUGUUUUUUCAAAGUCCCUCGCAGGAAAAAAGACAAGAACGGCCUUGAGAUGACACCGCAAAAGAAGAAGAAAUGUGUAAUUAGUCACGUUAUUCUGCGUCUUAAAAAGGUGAGUAUUUUUACCAAAGGCACUUUUUGAGUUCAGAGGUCACGGGAUCAGAAACUGUUAGCAUGUGGUAAAGUCAAUUCAAAAAUGUGUAUGAAACAAACCAUAUCGAGCCGUAGCUCUUAUUAAAGCUUGUGUUGAUGGCGUUUUUGAUCUGAAAUUGCGAUUAUGCCCUCAUAUGACGGCGCAAUUACCAUGAAAACAGAUCUUGACCUUGAGGCGCUUAUCUUGCAUUAUAAAGUCAAAACUCCAUGUGCAACAAACCAUACCGAGUCAUAUCUCAUAGUAAAGUCUGUGACGAUGCCGUCCUAGAUCCGCAAUUAUAUUGCCAAUAUGACUUAAUUUGAAGGCGCAACGGCAAAAAAACAAAACAGAUCUUGACCUUACCAUGAAUUGAUUAACGUGGACCCCGACUUAAACAAGUUAAAAAAACGUAUUCGGGUGUUACCAUUUAGUGGUCAAUUGUACGGAAUAUGUACUGAACUGUGCAAUCUACUAAUAAAAGUUUCAAUCAAUCAAUCAAAAAGGCACUUAUCUUGCAUUAUAAAGUCAAAACUCCAUGUGCAACAAACCAUACUGAGUCAUAUCUCAUAGUAAAGUCUGUGAUUAGAGCUUGUUGGAUUUGCAGUUAUAUUGUCAAUGUGUCUUUGUACGAUGACUCAAUGGGCAAAAAAACAGAUUUUGACCUUAAAGCGCUUACCUUGCAUUAUAAAGUCAAAACUCCAUGUGCAACAAACCAUACCGAGUCAUAGCUCAUAUUAAAGUCUGUGACGAUGCCGUCCUAGAUCCGCAAUUAUAUUGUCAAUAUGACUUAAUUUGAUGGCGCAACGGCAAAAAAAAAAAACAGAUCUUGACCUUAAGGUGCUUAUCUUGCAUUAUAAAGUCAAAACUCCAUGUGCAACAAACCAUGUCGAGUCAUAUCUCAUAUUAAAGUCUGUGACGAUGCCGUCCUAGAUCUGCAAUUAUAUUGCCAAUAUGACUUAAUUUGAAGGCGCAACGGCAAAAAAACAAAACAGAUCUUGACCUUACCAUGAAUUGAUUAACGUGGACCCCGACUUAAACAAGUUGAAAAAACGUAUUCGGGUGUUACCAUUUAGUGGUCAAUUGUACAGAAUAUGUACUGAACUGUGCAAUCUACUAAUAAAAGUUUCAAUCAAUUAAUCAAAAAGGCACUUAUCUUGCAUUAUAAAGUCAAAACUCCAUGUGCAACAAACCAUACUGAGUCAUAUCUCAUAGUAAAGUCUGUGAUAAGAGCUUGUUGGAUUUGCAGUUAUAUUGUCAAUGUGUCUUUGUACGAUGACUCAAUGGG